AGCAGAUUUUACGCAACGUGUAUAUUAUCUAAACAAGACGACGUACAGCAGAAUGCUUGUUUGAAGGAGUUCCAGAAUUUCAAGAAAUGUAUAAUAUGUAGCGCUGCUAAACUUGGAACUCGUUUGUAAAGUUUGUAUAAGAUGGCUCCAGUUUUAAAGUUUAAACCAACCAAUGUACAAUACCAUUUCGGUAUUGGAUUACUCGUUCGUGUCGUAUUGACUGCCUACAGCGUAGUGCACGAUUCUUACUUUAAAUUAAAGUACACAGAUGUAGAUUACAAAGUAUUCACCUUAGCUGCCAAAGAAGUUAUUGCUCAACGUUCACCUUACAAUUACCAUACGUUCAGAUAUUCUCCCAUCGUCGCUUAUCUAGUAACACCGAAUGUUCUUCUGCAUCCAGUGUUUGGUAAACUUCUGGCUUCAGUUUUCGAUGUAUUGGUCGCCUAUACGAUUUAUAAGAUUGUUUUAUUGAUCUACGGAGUCGAGAAGAAAGCUUUACAGUGUGCUCAGUUAUGGCUAUACAAUCCUUUACCGAUUAUCAUCAGCACCAGGGGUAAUUUGGAUUCGUUUUCAUCUCUGUUCGUACUUCUGACUUUGUAUUUUCAAUUGAAGGAGAACUAUUUGGUAUCCGGAGCCUUGUUGGCAGUUAGUACUCAUCUUAGACUGUAUCCGUUUGUGUUCGUUUUACCUUUCUUGGUGACUGCUGGCAGAAUUACAUCUGCGUUGACUUUAGGUCACACUUACAAAGACAAACUCAAGUUCGCAUUCAGUUUCGCGACCACGUUGGCUUCUCUGACCGGAUUAUUCUAUUACGUUUACGGAUUCAAGUUCGUCGAAGAAAGUAUCCUCUAUCACGUGUACCGAAAAGACGUCCAACAUAACUUCUCGUUGUACUUCUACGUUCAAUACUUGGAUGCAUUUGUACCGGACUACGUGACCAAGAAUUUCACCCUGUUUGAUCCGAAAAUCACCAAAGCCUUGUUGGUCAUCGUACCUCAAAUCGUGCUUUUGAUCGCCGUCACCGUCAAAUACAACACCUUACGCCAUCUGCCAUUCAACUUGUACUGCUCCGCUUUUAUUUUCGUCGUUUUCAACAAAGUUCUCACGUCGCAAUAUUUCGUAUGGUUUUUAUCCUUGCUACCUUUGUUCUUACCUUCGAUCACCAUAUCGAAGAACAAAGUGAUUGGAAUUCUAUCGGCGUGGAUCGGAUCACAGGCGGCUUGGCUAGCAUCAGCUUACUUAUUAGAGUUCGAAGGACGUCCUACGUUUGCGGCGAUACACGCAAGCAGUAUAUUAUUUUUCUCUGUCAACGUUUGGAUUUUGAGUACUUUUAUCAAUUCCUACAAUACUCAAUAUCUGAAGAAAGUUGAUUAGACUCAGUGUUCAGUUUCUGUUUUUUUUUUUUUUUGGAAAUAAAUUUUUAACGCUAUUUUAUAUGGUUGUAUCUCCAUGCUACGUUGACAAAAGCGAUCUCAGUUUGGAAAUAUAAUUAUUUCUUUGUUUGUUUUCACCCUAGCACACUGCUACCAUCAUAUAAUGGCGGUAUAAAUUAUUCUGGGGUAUUAUUCAAUUUA